CCCUCCCAUUGCCAGCGUUACGUAUGCCUGUGUCGAGUGUCUGUGCAAUGAGAUUAUUCUGUGUCUCAAUACAUACCCGCCUAACAGUAGUUUCCCCUCAAUAUUCUGUAUACGAUAUGCGACGUUGAAUAUGGUAUAUAAGGCGCUGUUGUGUCGCUCAGACAUUACACACAAGAAUUGUGAUGUUUAGCGUCAACAGUGUUUGAACGGACAUCCAUUCACAUACCGCUCCUCUCAUAAGCAAUCUUCGUCUUACAUUGAAUUGUGAUUUCAAUUCAACACUCAUUUAUUGCUGUAUUUAUUGUCAUUCAAUACAUUCGUGCGAAAUAUAUUUGUAGUUAUUCUGUUGUAUAAAUAAAAGUCAAGAAUCGUUAACAUAUAUUAAAGAAUUUAUAUAUUCUUGUAAUUCUGGUUUAAAUUCUCGUUUCAUUUUUGCGAAUAUAUCACUGGAUUAUCGAUAAAGAUGUCGAAAGUAAGUCAAGUCCGACAAAACUAUCAUCAAGAGUCCGAAGCGGGCGUUAAUAAGCAGAUCAAUCUGGAACUGUACGCCUCCUAUGUAUACCAACAGAUGGCGUAUCACUUCAACCGAGACGACGUGGCUUUGAGUGGUUUCCAGAAGUUCUUUCAGGACUCGUCCAACGACGAGCGAGAACACGCCCAACGGCUGAUGGACUUCCAGAACAAACGCGGCGGUCGUAUUGUCCUCCAAGACAUACCCAAACCCGUCAAACAGGAGUGGAGUUCGUGUCUCGAAGCCAUGGAAGCGGCGCUCGAGUUGGAGAAGACUGUCAAUCAGGCGCUCCUCGACUUGCAUGGCAUCGCCUGCAAGAACAACGAUCCGCAGUUCCAGGACUUCUUGGAGACCCAUUAUCUGACGGAACAGGUGGACUCCAUCAAGAAGUUGGCCGAUUACGUGACUAAUCUGAAGCGUGUGGGUUCGGGUCUGGGAGAGUAUAUGUUCGAUAAGGAGACCCUGGGCUAAACGGCCGGCUCUGCCCGUCGCUCGACAAACGCUCGGCAUUUCAAUGAAUUUAUUAUUAAUCAAAAUCCAAAUUUAAUUAUAUUUACCGAACAGAAAAAAUAGUUGCUUAGUAUUUGUCUAUAAUAUUGAAGUAUUAUUAUUAUUUUAUCAAAAAAUAUUGUAAUUUGUAAAAGUAAAUUAGAAAACUCCUUAUAUUCACUCAAUGUUUGGCAAAACACAAGCAAACGCUUAUUAUUUUCAAUAAUCUUUAUGUUAAUUUUGCAUAUAUUCUAUUAAAACAAUGAUUUAAAUAAAAUUAUAUAUUUAAUACAUUAAAAACA